AUGAUGACAGUUAAAACUCAAAACACCUUUUUUCGUCAUUUAAUUUUGAAUUGGCCAACACGACGUGGUUUCUUUUAAAAAUUGUCUAAUUAGAUUUUGCUGUUUUUAACAAGUGUACAUUAUUAACAGUGUAUCAACAUGGGUGUGUGGCUAGAGGUAACGACUGCUAAAGCUGAAAAUAGACACGAAAUAAAAUUGGCGGGUGCUGCAAUCUCGAAACGGAUUUCUGAAGAGGGUUUGGACAAAUCUGUCUUUCAAUUAACAAAUUUGAACCUUUUAAAUAUAAGCGACACAUGUCUUACAUCAAUACCUGACGAUAUAAAACUGUUAGUUAAUCUUCAAUCACUUCUUUUGUUUGGUAAUAAACUGGAAGUUUUUAAUGAAAACAUAACCUCUUUACCGAAACUGAAAAUGUUAGAUUUGUCUCGAAACCAAAUAACGAAGAUUCCUGAAAGCCUAAACAAGAUGAAAGAGUUGAUGAAUAUAAAUUUGAGUUCAAAUCAGAUUGAUACAAUGCCUAGUUUCGGUGAGUUUCCGAAUUUGAUAUCUGUAGAUAUCUCAAACAACAAAUUGUCGACGUUUUUAGAUAUAGAAAAUGCGAAUAUGCCACAUCUAACUGAUUUAAAACUGAAAGGUAAUUGUAUAGAAGUAUUACCCAGCCAUGUGGCCAGAGUAUUGCCCGCACUUAAAAACUUUGAUAUGGGAGACAAUCAAAUCAAAGUGAUACCUGGUGAACUUGCUAACUUAGGGAAAUUAAAAGAACUGAAUCUCAAAGGUAACAAACUAUCAGACAAACGUCUCAUGAAGCUAGUUGACCAGUGUCGUACAAAACAAAUACUUGAUUACAUCCGUGAACAUUGUCCGAAAUCCGAACAAACGCAACAAUCAAGCAAAGGUAAAGGUAAAAAGGGGAAGAAGCAAGAAGACCCGCAACCUGAAGAUGUAGAAGAUCUUUGUCAUUCAAUGAAGAUAUUACAUGUCGAAGAUGAUACCGUACGAGUUAAGAUUAUUGAAUCGGAAGUGGCAAACAUUCGUCCAUACAUACUCUGCUGUAUUAUUAAUAAUAUCAAUUUAACGGACGAGUUGUUUAAGAAAUUCAUACAGUUGCAGACUAAAUUACAUGACACGGUCUGCGAUAAAAGAAAUGUAGCGACAAUAGCUACGCAUGAUAUGAAUAAGGUAGCACCUGGAGACCUUAUCUACACAGCGAAGCCUCCUAAAGCACUAAAGCUUACACCAUUGUCCAGAGCCAGGCAGUACACCGGAGAACAGCUUUUCCAGCAGCUAGCUGCAGAAGCGGAGGCUCUUAGGAAAGAAAAGAAAAGAAAUGUGUACACUGGAAUACAUAAGUACUUAUAUUUAUUAGAAGGCAAACCAAAGUACCCUUGCCUAGAAGAUGCCAGUGGGAAAGUGGUCAGUUUCCCGCCUAUAACCAACUCUGAAGAUACAAAGAUGUCAAGUAGCACAAAAACAAUGUUGGUAGAGGUGACGUCACACGCGUCUCUCACGUCCUGUAAGACUGUCAUGGACAAGCUGUUACAGGAAUGCCUGUUGCUAGGCAUCGGAGACGAGGGAGAAGAUGAUGGUUAUCAUACACUCUCUGUCCAACAGGUAAAGAUAGUGGACACGGAAGGUAACUUGAAGAGUGUGUACCCAUCGCGCACGGACUGCGUGUACGACGGUACUAAUAUUAAAGUAUACCGUCUGCCAAAAAAAUAAGGUCCAUUAUUAAAUAACAAUCUGACAUUACAUUAGUUUUAAUAAAUGAUUACGGAAUUCGAAAAGUUGGACUAGAGGGUCUAUCACGAAUGUUUAUCUAAGUGUUGCGAGAACGUAUUCGAAACGUAAUCGACAAAAUUUGUAAUGAGAUUUAGCGAUGUACUUCAUCUAAUACAAAUUUUGUCGAUUGCGUGUUCUUACUAAUAUUCGUAAUAAUCCCUCUAUUAAUUUUGAUAAUCGUAAUUAUAUUAAAGCCCAUACCAGUUGCAAUGUGUUGUUGCAAAACAUGUUUCUGCAAUAGAAACAACUAAAAUUUACAACUACAAGAAUUUUUUAAGCAGCACUCUGCUAAUACCAGUUAUAGACCAAGAAUAUAAAAACCCUCGCCAUAUUGCGGAAAUAUUUAGAACUAUUUUCUUUCUGUUUAGAAAUGUAAGAUAUGAGCCAGGAUUUUUUAUAUUCUUGGUUAGUUUAUUAAACAAAUAUUUCUGAUACAUCAAUAUUUGUCAUAUUAAAGCGUGCGCACUACUGACCAAACUAUCGCACCACUGUUGUGCGAUUGUCGAUUGUUUCGCAACCCCAACUGUUUAGUUGCACAAGCAUCGAGU